ACUAACAUACAAAUCACAAUUUACUAAUUUAUUAACCAUUUCUUUGCUGCAUAUUAUGUCUCCAUUACUGUUUGUUUUUCUCUUUCUCCUCUUCUUCCAGACCUCGGCUGAUGGGGGAUCAGGUGACACCAUAAAAUUGGGAUCUUCACUUGUGGCUGGUGCACAAUCUGGUGCAUGGUACUCACAGUCUGGUCUGUUUGCAUUUGGGUUUCACCCACAAGGUUCUGGGUAUGUGGUUGCCAUCUGGUUAGUGAGCAUUGAUGAAAACACGGUUGUCUGGACUGAAAAUCGAGAUCAUCCACCCGUUUCUCCAGAUGCCACACUAGAACUUACCAAUAAAGGGGAACUAGUUUUACUCUCUGUGCGGAGCAGUGUUAAUAAGACCAUUGCAGCCAAUAUUUCCUUUGCUGUGAUGACUAACAGUGGGAAUUUUGUGCUGCAUGACCGUCGUAUGAAUGUAGUGUGGCAGAGUUUUGACUAUCCUACCGAUACGAUGUUACCAGGUCAGCUUCUGUCUGGUGGGUGUGAAUUGGUUUCAAGUGUCUCUAAAACCAACUAUUCUAGUGGACGUUUCCGUAUUAAGAUGCAGAUAGAUGGUAAUCUUGUUAUGUAUCCAGUGAACACAGAGGAAGUGGGUGUGGAUUCUUACUGGGCUACAGAUACUGUGAUUAAUAACUCAAAGUACUACCUAUACCUAAAUGAUACGGGAUUGCUGCUUAUGAAUGGCAGUAGUUCAAACAUCAUCAUGGAUUUGUAUUCUAAACCUCCUUAUCCUCUCAUGUAUCGUGCUACACUUGGUGAUGAUGGGAUCUUUCGUCUAUAUUUCUACAAUCGUACUAACUCCCCGCCUUCAAUAGUAUGGAAAACGCCAGAUCGCCCUUGCGAUGUGAAGAACUUUUGUGGACUUAACAGCUAUUGUACUAUGGAUGACGAGCGGCCUUAUUGUGUUUGUCUGCCCGGCUCUGAUUUUAUAGAUCAUGAUCAGAAUAUCCGCGGUUGUGAGAGGAAUUUUACAAAAGCAUGGUGUAAAAAUGGGAAAGAAAACGUGACAUAUUACAACAUGGUUCCCAAAGAGCAAUUAGUCUGGAUAGACCAUCCUUACUAUCAGGAGCACAUGGAGGAUAACACUCGCUACAAAGAGGACUGCAGUAAAUCAUGUUUGGAAGAUUGCGAUUGUGAUGCAGCUCUCUGGCAUCAAGGUAUCUGUGAGAAACACAAAUUCCCAUUGCGGUAUGUAAGAAGAGUUUUUGAUGAUGAGCUAUCUACAGGUUUCUUCAAGACAAGCACUGUAAGCUUUAACUUCCAUGUCAAUGAAUCCUCUAAUACAAGUUAUGGGGAUGUGGGACAGGGGGUGACCACAAGAAAAAAGACAUGGGCUUUAAUUCUAGUUAUUAGCAUUGGAUUUUCCAUCUAUUGUUUCAUUUCUUUAAGUUUGUCGGGAUUUUUCAUAUUCAAAUUCCGGCUUCUAAAGUACAAGAAGUUGUUGGAAAGUAGAAUGUUGGGCUUCGCUGAGGACCUCAUCUUAAGAUCGUAUACUUUGAAUGAGCUCAGAAAGGCAACUAACGGGUUCAAACAAGAGUUAGGAAGAGGCUCAUUCGGAAGGGUCUAUAAAGGGUGUAUCUACAAGGGAAAGAAAACAAUAGCAGUGAAGAGACUCGAGAAGGUGGUAGAUGAAGGUGAGAGAGAAUUCCGAGCUGAAAUGCAAGUGAUUGGGAAAACUCAUCACAAAAACCUGGUCCGCCUUCUUGGUUAUUGUGCAGAAGGUAAAUCCGAGAGGCUUCUCGUUUAUGAAUACAUGAGCAAUGGAACCCUUGCUGACCACCUAUUCAAAUCAGAAAGGCUGCCAGAGUGGUGUGAGAGAGUGCAAAUCGCGCUAGAUGUUGCAAGAGGAAUCCUUUACCUUCACGAAGAAUGUGAAACACCCAUCAUUCAUUGUGACAUUAAACCUCAAAACAUUUUAAUGGAUGAUUUCUGGACUGCGAAAAUCUCAGACUUCGGAUUGGCCAAACUACUAAUGCCCGAUCAGACCAAGACAUUCACCAUGGUUCGAGGGACAAGAGGGUACUUGGCACCUGAGUGGCAGAAAAACAUCCCCAUAUCAGUGAAGGUUGAUGUUUUUAGCUAUGGGAUCGUAUUGCUUGAAAUCAUAUGUUGCAGAAGGAAUUUGGAAGUACGAGUAUCCGAUCCUGAUGAAAUUGUUCUUUCUACUUGGGUUUACAAGUGCUUUGAAAGAGGGCAAUUGGAUCUGCUUGUUGAUCUUGAAGAAGUGGAGAAGGAGACAUUAGAACGGCUGGUUAAAGUGGGACUUUGGUGCAUCCAGGAUGAUCCUGCUAUUCGACCCUCUAUGAAGUGUGUAUUGUUGAUGUUAGAAGGGAUCACUCCCAUUGCUAAUCCCCCUUGUCCAACUUCCACCUGAUUACUUGAAGAAGACCUGACUGUCCAAGUUGCCUGUAUUUUAAACAUCAAAAGUACAUGAAUACUGAAGGCAAAACCUUUGCUUGGUUAAUUUGGAGGUCUUCACCGAUGCUACUUCAAUGGCCAAAACAGUUUUCUUCUUAAUAAUAGGUUGUUUGAAUUUCACAAGCUACCAAGAAAUAAAUUCAUUUGAACACAUGUAUGCUACUUCCCUCACUUUGUUAUGUAAGUUGUCUAUAUUAUGUAUUUACAGCUCCAAAACAUCUCAUCCUUUUUUUAUCAUGCAAAUAAUUUUCUGUGCGACCAA